CAACUGCAGAAAAUAUCAUCGGGAGGUACCACCCAUCUCGAGGUUAUACAACCAGUCGGAAUGGAGGACUCUCAACUCCCACAUCCCACCCGAGUGGCUGCCACAGAGGCCAUGUAAUCAAUUAAAACUGCAUUUAAUUCUUCCUGCCUUAUUUAGAAACCGAACUGCCUCGUGUCAACACCGUCUGGCAUGAUCGGCACGCCUUGACGCAUCGACGGCAGGGAUACUAUGUCUCGACCGAACCACAACUGAUUAUCGACAAUGACAAUUCCCAUAUGAACGAGGCUCAUCAAAAGUCGACGAUGUCAUACCCAGUGUCUAGAACACAUGGCUUAUGCGUUGUUGCUCAGCUGAAGCACAGCCAGAGCAUCGAGAACGGUCCAUCAUACGUCACUGAGGUAGCAUAGGCCUCUAUCGCACAAGGCGCACAAGGCGUUCGAGACUCAAGUCAGACUUCAGUGGGGUCUUUGGAUAUCCAUAUCCCGUGGGAACGAUUCUGCAGGUUUGUUGAACAUGGCAAACUGUCAAAGUGGGAUGAAUAUGGUCCUGUCAGGCAUCUCCUGGCUAAAACACCAGUUUGUUGGUCCGCCUUGCUUCGAUGAGGCUAGUACUGUAAGGCGGCGUCUCGUUGGCACACAGCCUUGGCUGAAGUUGGAAAUCAACGCCAUGUUUUUGCGAACAACUAGCGGUAAGCGAUUAAAGUUUUCGAUUCCUACUCGAACAGUUCCACUCCGAGAGCAUUUUGUUCGCAAAGACUUGAGUGAGAUUGUUUCCUCCUUGGCCCUUUCAAGAUUGAGGCCAUGCUUGCUGGGUCUUGGUUUAGAAAUAAUCGCAAGAGCCGCUGAUGAGUUGCUCUACUCGCGUGCAACCCUAGUUGAAGAGUUGAUUUGAUAAUCUAUCCGUUAUGGAGGGGAUGAUCUCAGGGUCCAGGCCCUUCGAUGUGGAUUGGAUUGAGAGCAAAGACGUACGUGACGGUGAGAAAAGAUGUCUGAUGUCUGAGGCUUCCAUCCGCAAGGAUGUGCUCUUAGCGUCCGUUAGAUGCCCUAAUCAGAAACCGUAAGGAAACGGCAGCUAGCUACUAACUGUGUUUCUUACAGGGCUUGGUUGAUAAUUGAGGCUUGUUAAGCUUCGGCCGGUGGAAUAUGGAAUACCGAAAGGCUGGAUAGCUUCGUCCGCAACUCGGACAAGGGCGUCGGAGUGACAUGCAUCAGGCAAUCCUCGCAUAAGCCCGAGUCCCCUGCUUAUAAUUGAGCAUUACGUUUCUGAUAUCUGUAUCAAGCUUUGCCUGCCUUAACUUAGUCUAAGCAGCGGUCCCUGAAAUCAUCUCGCAACAAGGGAGAGAGCAUGACCCAGACAGCCUUGAAACAAAAUCAUAGACACAAGAUCAAAUCGCUUAGCGGAGGAGCAGCCGUUUUUCGACAUUAGCCGAAACCGGGAUUGAUGGCAUGGCUCCGAUUCAGCUUCUGCACUUUGGGCGGAUGGCUUUUCAGCUGAAACUCCGUUACUGAGCGGGCUAUCAAGACGUUACAGAGCACAACAGUAAUUACAGUAAUUGUCAAAACGGUGAGCGUAAGUGGGAUGGAUGGUUGCUCUAUGUCUCAUCAACUACGUCAUGCCGCAGCAUUUAAUUUCGUACAGACCUGGUCGAGACUCGGCAUCAGACUUUACGACCGUUGACGCGAGAUCUGAACACGCAAUUCUCCAAGAGCUGAAAGGUACGAAACAAACCGUAAUUCGCAACAGAUUGGUUCUAGACUCUAUCGACCUUUUCAGACGGAGGUUUGCAUAUGUCGAAAUGGGCAGAGAACGAAAAGGCGGAGAUAAUAAUUCAGAGGAGAAAAGAAGCAAAAAUCCGAUGCGGGUCAGUGACGUUGACGACGGCGCCACGCGGAUUUCUGGUUGGUUCAAGCCCGGACAAACAGAUGCACACACGUCCCCCCCAAUGCACCCGUUCCAUUAUUUCUUUCCAGGUGGGGGACCCUUGACGCUGCAAUGACGAUGUAGUCAGGGGGAAGGACUCGAGAGAUGGUGACGGAUUCGAGAGACAGUGGGUGAGGGGAGGAUGAACAUCAGCGGGGGAUGAAAGUGUGAAGAUGAUCUGGAUCAUCGUGGGACAGGGGAAAGAGAUGAUGGAAUCUGCAUGCUUGAAUGAACUCUAUUAUAGUGCUCAGUUGUAAGAAUACGAGAGAGAGAUACCGUCGUUGGUUGAAGCUUGCGUAAUAAGCUUCAAUAAUACCUAUUCUACCAGGCCAGUCAGGCUAGUUAGUACCUGCAGUUGCUACGACAUUGUGAACAGAAAAGAGUUUGAUACCUAGAGUCAAUUAAUUGAUAGUAUACCUAUCAGAGUUUAUAUCACCUGAAGCUAUACUGAACCCAUUACCCUGAACUAUUGGCCAGGUUGUACGACCAAACUCUCCUCCCUCAACCUCCACCGCCAGAAGCCACCGAAAGAUCAACCAAACACUUCAACAAGUAAAGACAAGCGUGCAAUUGCGAAAUCAGUGAUCUUCAAGGGUCCUUCUGCCCACCUGCACGAACAGCACCAGAAACAAAAAACCACACACUCACACAACUCCGGACCGGUGUCUCUUCCUCCCCUCCCUCCCCCAGUGUCCAUUCGCUUGGAUGAUCUUUACUACACGCGACCACCCCUAACUCCCAACGACCGUUCUCACCGGGAGCUGUUUCUGCAGUAUUAUCGAAUUGCUUGCUAUCUGUUCAACUGAAUCGAACGAUUCGGCUGCGAGGUUUCCAGGUUUUGGCUGCUUUGCUUCUUUUUCCUGUACCGUCCGUUUUCUCGUCUCCCCAUAGAGGAACUCACUCCACUUGCAACGCUGACGCACGAGGACAUGCGAUACGGUAGGUUGCAGGGGACGUUACGAUAGAAUCAAGGGUACGUACAGUCGAGAACCGUAUUCCAUUUUGACAGCUGCAGGUUUGGAUUACAAACCUGUGUCCUCGGACAUUAUGAACGCCACGGAUGCGAACAGCGAGCGGCUAUUUCUAAUAUAGGAGAGUCAAGAUACAGCAAACAUUGAAUACGGUGAAAUAAUUCUUUCCGUUCCAUCACCCAUUUUGGCUGUUGAUUGUCCCUCUGUCUGAUCCUCCUCUCUCCACCGCACGUCAUCGUCCGCGAGACGCCACCAUCGCCAUCCCACUGACCCCGACGGUAACGGCGUUUUUCCACAGUAUGCAUGUACCACUGGCUGCGUGUGAGUGUGUGUACCCAUAAACUUGUUGCCACCGUUCAUCACCAUUUCGAGCACUGCAGGCUGCAUUUGUUCUUGUGAACGCUCUGUACGUGUGUUACAGCAAUACAACACGCCUUCUCUGCUGUGCUCCCUGAACUCAUCUCAACUCUUCUCAGCUCAACACCAUCUCUUUCUGCUUCUUCUACACCGACUUGGAGUCUGGGCAGCACUAAGUAAAAGUCGGGGGCAUCCUCAGUAACCCUCUGACCUCUCUCCCCCCCUGGGUUUUAGGCCAUCACCCCCUGACCCCUACCGGUGUUGACACCCCCAGCCAGCCCAGGGGCCCCUCACCCCCCCUUCUUGGCUUGUUUCCAAGUCUUCCAGGGAUCGGAUUCAUAGACCCCACCAACUGCCCGCUUCUCUUCUUGACCUAGCCAAGCCUAAAGGAAGAGAGGGUAGCCUUCGUUCAUCCAUUCAUUCAUCUUUAUCUCUGGCGCAUUUGCAUUUCUUUAAUCUACCUUGCCUUGCCUCGCGUUGCCUUAACUCACUCCCACACUACACUACACUUCUCGGUCCUAGGUCCCCUCGCCCCCCCGAGACCCUUAUUUAGCUGAAGCUAGACUUCCAUUAGCUACUACUAUUCUCGAUAUAACCAACUCCAGGUCCCCUUCUUCCCAAUCCAUCCAUCCAUCACUUACUCACUUACUCACUUACUCACUCACUCACUUUAAUCUAAUUCUCGACCUCUUCACCAUGGCCUUAUGAGCCUCGCUCAGCCUCUCUUUACCCCUGCGUCUCCAGAGAUGACGUCGACUACCCCGAUCAACGCCUUCGCUAUGCAUGAUUCCAGGACUGGCGACCGGACGCCAUUACACUAUACCAUGAAGACUCCUGCACGGCACUCUCCCGGCGGACAGUCUCAUUCUAAUAAUAUUUCCCACUCACGAUCUAAUUCGUAUAACAUCAACCACUCCCAUUCUCACUCUCAGACUCUCCGACCAAACAAGUCAACAAAAACAUCGACUCCUCUCGCCUCUCCCCGGAUGCCCUACUCGGUCGGCCAGAAUCACCCUCCGCCCAAGCUUUCGCCUCGCGUGGUCUCCGACAACAGAUCACCAAGCCCUAACUAUUUUGGCCUCAUCGUCGAGUCAGCCAAUGAACGUGGAGACUCCUCAGGACUCCCUAACGAGAAUUGGAGUCCUUCAUCAUCUGUGAAAUCUUUCCAGGCUGCGAUUCCCAAGCAGGUCCCUCUCGAUGCAAAUCCCGAGUUCGAGGCCUUCAAGAGACAGGCUGAUUUCAACCGGGGCAAGUCGUUUGCUCUCUCCACCAGUCACUAUGCUCAGCCGUCAGUGACAUCAAAUGGAGUUGCACCUGUACGCCCUCGACCUCCCAGAUGGCACACCCAUGGAAGUGACACCGGCGGCCCAUCGCCCUUUGGCCGUGGCUUGAGCUCUGCCAAUGUUCGAUCAGCCAGCCGAAUGGAUGUGGACCAGGAUAGCCUAGGAGACUCGGCCUAUGUGUCAUCAGAGUCGAAGCGUAACUCUGAAUCAUCUCUAUAUGGCCAUGUUCCAGCUCUUAACAUGCCCCGAUUCGACUCCCCGCUGCCAAUGGACCCUCCACAGCAAAGAACGAGUCUAACUCGAUCUGAAGAUCGCGACCCUCGGCUAUCUGUAAUGGAACAUCGCCCGGAUCCUCCUGAUGCUCGAGAUAUUAGACGCUCUGCAACAGUACCAGCAACUCUGGAACCAGGACAGCCUCACAUGAUCACAGGCCAACAGCUACGGGAUAUUCUUCAGAGUGUGAAGCCUGAAAGACUGCUUAUUCUUGACCUUCGAUCAUCGCAGAACUUCGCUCAGUCUAGAAUUCAGGGUGCUCUCAACCUUUGCAUACCCACUACACUUCUUAAGCGAGCCACCUUCAACAUUCAGAAACUCAAGCAGACUUUCCAGACUAGCUCUGACUCUGAGAAGUUCUCUACUUGGAACGACACUGACUACAUCAUUGUUUAUGAUGCUCACGCUUCCGACAAGCGCGAUGCUAUUACUGCUCAGAACAUGAUCAAGAAGUUCACGAGUGAGGGGUAUGCCGGCGGCACCUGUAUCCUCAAGGGCGGCUUCAACUCUUUCCAGGAGAACUUCCCUGACCUGGUCGAUCACCAAUCCGCAACUGGAUCUCCUGGAAAACCUGGCCCUGGCCAUGGAGGAAUUGCACCUGUCAUCGGCGGAGUCAUGCUUCCCAAUGCAAGCAAUGACGUGAACCCGUUCUUUUCCAACAUUCGUCAGAACAUGGACUUGGCUGAUGGUGUUGGCCAAUUGGAUGUAUCACGACCUACAGCCCUUGACUCACCCUCCCUCCCCCGUUGGCUACGAGAGGCCGCCGCGAAGCCUGACCAUGGAAAGAAGGUUUCAGACAAGUUCCUACAUAUCGAGGUUGAUGAGCAAUCUCGAAUGAAGGCAGCAUAUGCGGCUUUCAACCCUCAGAACAAGGACAAGCGAAGUCAAGUUCAGCUUUGCGGUGUUGAGAAGGGAGUCAAGAAUCGAUACAAAGACAUCUUGCCUUUCGAGCAUGCUCGAGUGAAGUUGCAAGAGAAGCCUGAAGGUUCAUGUGAUUACAUCAACGCAAGCCACCUCAAAGCUUCCCGAAGUAACAAGCAGUACAUCGCCACUCAGGGACCACUCCCCGCCACUUUCGAGGACUUUUGGUCCGUCAUUUGGCAGCAAGAUGUGCGUGUAGUCGUCAUGUUGACUGCAGAGUCUGAAGGCGGGCAGCUCAAGUGUCAUCCUUACUGGAAGGGCAGAGACUUUGGAGCCAUUAGACUGAAGCUUCUGUCUGAGAAGAAGGUAUCUCUUGACAUCGACAAGCAUAGGUCCGAUUCCCAUCACAUGCCAUCGGCUUCGGCCAGCGAACAAGGACGCAAGCGCGCAAACACCACGACAACAUUCGAGUCUUCGACACCUACACCGAGACCAACCAAGGGCCCCGCAGAGACCCCCUACGUAAUUGUCCGCAAGUUUGCACUCUCUCAUACCGCUCAUCCUUUUGCGCCCAUUCGAGAGAUUACUCACUUGCAUUUCCCGUCAUGGCCUGAUUUUGGUACUCCUGCACAGCCAUCGCACCUGUUGGCGCUGGUUGAGCUGGCCAAUGUUAUGCAGCGUUCUGCUCUACCCGUUGAGACUUCUUCGGUGGCGGGAUCCAAGAUUACGUCACUUGAGUCACUCCCUAUUACAUGGUACGAUGAGCCCGAGGCCGACUCUUGGGCACGACCAAUGCUGGUACACUGUUCCGCUGGAUGUGGUCGUACUGGAACAUUCUGCACUGUCGACAGUGUUAUUGAUAUGUUGAAGCGUCAGCGACAGGCCAAGAUGGAUUCGGUACGAUCUCGUGAUCAUGACGGAGAUGUCAAUAUGGGCGAAAACGGGGACAUGUCACCCCGCUCUACCAAACACUUUAACUUUUUCACCCCUGGUCAGCGAUCCAACAUGGAGAGAAAGGUGGCUCGAGGCGGUGCCAACAUCAACAUCGACUGGCUAUACGACGAUAGCGUGGACCUUAUCCAGAAGACGGUGGAGGAUUUCCGAGAACAACGACUCAGCAUGGUGCAGAGCCUGCGACAGUACGUUCUCUGCUAUGAGACAGUCCUCGAAUGGGUAACGAGGGUGAAUGAGCGAGCGUCAAGCGCUCCAAACGGACGACUACGAAGUGGCAGCCUCCACCACUAAGAUCAGGAUGCAUCACGAAUAAGUGACGGUUAUUAUGGAGCACAUCUGCAUAGGGCACAUGGAAUAAUGCGACACACGGGAACUGGAUGGAUGGUACAGGCGUUUAAUGGUUCAGCUGCGUAUGAUUCUAUAAGGGGGCUAGCGCAGCGAGCAUGCAAUGCUUACGAAAGGGACAUUAUAAAAAAUCCAUGUUCAAGGGGACCUUGGCUUGAUACUUACUAUGAGUAUGAUUGGUUCUUAGGGUCUUCUGUAUAGUAGGACAAAAAGGCAUGACGGAGGCGGGACGGAGCAACCUUGGAAUCAUUGGACUUGCAUAGUAGGAUCAUGAAAGGCUACAUUGCGUGUGCGAUUAUCACUGCGAGAGAUCCGUUUAUGUGAAAUGUAUAAUAUCAGAAUAGGUCAACUUAAUUUGCAGUAUAAAUAACUUAGACUAUUGUCUUGAGGAUAUGGAACCACGUCUGAAUCUAUCACAUAACAUCGUGGAGUUGUGUGAGCCCAUUAAUACAACAACAAUAGAAAAUGUUACUAUUCCAA